UUCCUUUCCUUUUCUUUACACCUUCUAUUGGCUUCUUUUUGGCAGACGUAGAUUUGAUCUGCAUUCAGCUAAAUUUAGCUUAAGCAUUAUAAGUGAUAUUUGCCCCAACACUCAACUCGACAUUUGCCAAUUUCUCCAAUUCUUUAUCAGUUAACAAGAAAACCAAAUGCCGAUAUUUAGUUCAUCAUCAUCUAGCUCUUCAAAAUCAUGGAUCCUUAAUGGUCUAGCUGUAGGAGCUGCAAUGGCCACAGCUUUCGGGGCUCGGGCCUACCUUACCCGAUCCGGUAGGUUUCGGAGCCGGAUCAUUGGAAUUAUACCCGCCCGUUUUGCUUCCACUCGCUUCCAGGGUAAACCCCUUGUUCAUAUCCUCGGCAAACCCAUGAUUCAGAGAACAUGGGAAAGGGCAAAACUUGCUGCUACAUUGGAUCACGUUGUUGUGGCAACAGAUGAUGAAAAGAUAGCUGAGUGCUGCCAAGGUUUUGGUGCUGAAGUAAUAAUGACCUCUGAAUCAUGUAGAAAUGGAACCGAGCGUUGUAAUGAAGCUCUUCAAAAGCUUGGAAAGAAGUAUGACAUUGUCGUUAACAUACAAGGAGAUGAACCUCUUAUUGAACCAGAGAUAAUAGAUGGCAUUGUCAAAGCCCUGCAGGCUGCGCCAGACGCGGUUUUUAGCACUGCUGUGACGUCUUUGAAACCUGAGGAUGCAUUUGAUCCAAAUCGUGUUAAAUGUGUGGUUGAUAAUCGUGGUUAUGCAAUCUAUUUUUCACGAGGAUUGAUCCCUUAUAACAAGUCUGGCAAGGUUAAUCCUCAUUUUCCUUACUUGCUGCACCUUGGAAUUCAGAGCUAUGAUUCUAAGUUCCUGAAAAUAUAUCCAGAAUUGGAACCGACACCAUUGCAACUUGAAGAAGAUCUUGAACAGUUGAAGGUCCUUGAGAAUGGAUACAAGAUGAAGGUGAUUAAAGUUGACCAUGAAACUCAUGGUGUUGACACCCCGGAAGAUGUAGACAAGAUAGAACAGUUCAUGCAAGAGAGAAACUUGUCUUAGAGCAGAAUAAGUUUCUAUUGGAUGACUUUGGUGUUGUCUAGUGCUAUACGUGUUGAGCUUUCUGGAAGCCAUUCUCAAUCAGAAUCAGUGCACCAUUGAUGUUGCUGAAUUCUUGAAUGAAAGAACUUGAAAUAGGAUGAAGUUGUAACAAUCCCGCGAAUAGUUCAAAUUUUGGUGUUUGUGAUGUAUGUUGUCUUCAACCUUGUUAAGGCUUGUUAUUUCCAUCGAAUACUGGAAUUUGGGUUAUUUCUACAUUGCAGCCCUCUGUCUGUGCUUAACAAAUGUGCUUUAGAGGGCAAGCUGACUGUUGACUGUAGAUUUUUCCUAGAGUGUGAAUAAAGAUGUUCUGUUUUGCAUUGGUA